CACGUUCCAGGAGAUAUGACCAGAACCCUUCCCCCACGUCAAUCGAAUCGUGCCUCUCGCCCUGAACUUAGCGGACGUUCCUCGCGCAAGCCCGAGCCUAUACGAACCGCGAGCAUCAAGGGAAAGCAAAAAUCUGGUCCCAACGAGCAGAUUUCAAGUCUAAUCGACCUCCGCUGCACCGUCGAGCUACCUCCGAGGAACCCGCGUCCUUGCACGAUAUCGCCACGCACGAAAAAUUGCUGCUAUCGGCCGUUCUGCGCACGAGAUCUUGGGGUCCCAGCUUGACCCUUCGCGUGGGGAAGUCUUUCUCGAGCUUCCUAUCGCACCUUUAAACAGGCCGUGAUCCGAGAGACCACAGCGAGGUGCAUCUGAAGCUCUCGAAGGACGACCCGCGAUUAGCAUCCGGCACAUGACGCAUCUGCUGUGGAAACAUUACUGGGAAGACGAUGUCGACGGAUUUCGACGCCUUCUCGCUCCCGCAGUCCAUGGCGCGCAGAGUGGUCCUCGAAAUCAGAACCUGAUUUCGGGUUCGGCGGUGAGUCCCGCCCACGGCACCUCGCCCCGCGGCCCGACCAAGUCGCGCAAGCUUCCGGGCUUUGGAUCAGGUCCGGGUAGUAGCGCACGGCAUGGACAUGGUGUCCUCGGACGGAACGAGGUUAAUAGUCGCGACCACGCCGGUCUGACCAUCCUGCUGCGCGCCGCAUCUUCGACCGCUGAAAGCGCAAUAUCCUUCGUGGAGGCGUUGCUUGCGCACCCGGCAAUCGAUAUAUACGUUCAGGACCCCGAGAGUGGCUGGAACGCGCUCCAUCGGGCGUUGUAUGCGGGGAAUAUCUCCAUUGCCCGGCUUCUGCUGGAGAAGGAACGCAGUGACCUGACGGGCCACACUGCUUCACUCCACCGAGUAGGACAGCUGAUCAAGACGAAAGACCACGAAGGCUUCAGCCCGUUCGACCUGUAUCACUCGACCAUCGGCGAGCGUAGUUUGAAGGACCUGGUUGACCUGGCGAAGCCCGAGAACGAAUCCGAUAGUGAUGAGGCCGAGGUCUUUCUGGAUAAGAACCGGGGUGCCAAAUGUGCCAACAACGCAGCCGGCGAAGAUCUCUAUGCUUUCGGCAGCAACAGAAACCUCUCCCUGGGUUUCGGCGACGAGGAUGACCGUCAAUUCCCGGAGCGCGUGUCCCUCAAGCGUCCCGACCACCUUUUGCGCAGGUUUCACAGAGAGUUCCUGCAAGCAAUUGGCGAAGAGGGAACUGCGUCACAGGACCUGACCAAGAUUCCAACUCUGGUCCUGAAUCGGCCGCUGCUGAUUCAAGAUGUGGUCCUCUCAAAGCUGCAUAGCGCCGUGCUAACGGCGGACCCCGUAUCCAACCUCUAUGUUUGCGGCAUUGGCCGUGGAGGAAGACUCGGCCUGGGGGAUGAGAACACGCGGUUUACGUUUACCCCCGUGCAGGGGCCGCUUGCCGACAGGAAGGUUGUCCAGGUCGCGCUAGGCCAGAAUCAUUCCAUGGCCAUCGACGACACUGGUGCACUGUGGACCUGGGGUAACAAUGCCCACUAUCAGCUGGGAUAUGCGCUUCCCGAGCCGGCAAAAAAGGAUGAGGAUCCCAUCAGCACCGUGCCGCGCCAAGUGUUCGGUCCGCUAAAGAAGGAGGUUAUUGUGGGAAUUGCUGCCUCUUCGAUACACUCGGUUGCCCACACCGGCACAUCGCUCUACUGCUGGGGCAAGAACAUCGGUCAGCUGGCGUUGAUGGACGCUGAUUCCCGGUCGCUCGAGUAUCAGCAAACGCCCAGGAAAGUCGCGGCAUCUCUGUUCUCGUCCCCGAUCGUUAUGGUAACCGCAGUCGACAAGGCCACAACGGUCCUGUUGCAGAACCACACAGUCUGCGUGUUUACCGCAUAUGGCUAUCACAUCGUCAAGUUCCCCUUUGCGACUCUCGAUUUGGUGGGCAACAUCAAGCUGGCAAAUCGCCAAGAUCCCGCCUGGAACCAGAUCAAUUACAUCACGUCUGGCGGAGAGACGAUCGCUGCGGUUACGAGGCGCGGCGACUUGUUCACAAUGCAUCUCGAUCAUAAGGUCGAAACAAACCCUUCUACCGCAUCGACCACGAACCCUUCCAAGAUCAAGGGAGCAGUUACGCAGGCGCAGUGCAUCUGGUCAGCCAGGCGAGACGGUGUUCGCUCCGUCGGGGUUGGUGAACAUGGCUCCGUCAUCAUCAGUACCCAAUCCGGGGCCGUCUGGCGGAGAAUCAAACGAGCCAAAGCCAAGGACACGUCGUCUUGGACGUCGGAAUCCAAGCGGAACGACUACAAGUUCCAGCGAGUGCCCUACAUCACCAAGGUUGCUGCUGUCCGGGCAUCCGCGUUUGGGGCCUUUGCCGCUAUCCGAAAGGACUCGGAUGUGAUGAGGGAGCAGCUGUCAAUCGGCCGCCAGUCGCUCUGGGAAGACGUGGCGCCACUGAACUGUCUUGCCGCUUUCAAGGCGUCCGAACCUAAGGAUAAGAAUGCCGAGGUCUGGAAGUUCUGGGGAAAGGACGACAUCGGAGAGCGUAUCGGCCCCGUCGCCUACGAAGUGCUCAAAUCGGCCGACAUUGAAAGUGACCUGGCACAGCACGUCACGUCGUGGUCGUACAAGAACGACCCGUUGGACGCAGCCGUCUGCACGUCCUCCUCGCCUGAUAUCCAGAUACCUAUACACGGUUGGCUGCUUUCCGCCCGCAGCCCCGUUCUCCGAAGUGCACUUGCACAGUUCCGAAAGGCGGGGUCAUAUGCUCACGAAUUCUUCAACAUCAGCGAUGCAGACGGCAAGGCGCUGGUGUCGUUCCAAGGUCUAGACCUGGUGUCGGUUUUAAACCUCGUCCUCUUUGCAUACGAAGAUAAGGUCAUCCCUGUAUGGAAUUUUACUGGACAUGUUAGACCGCUGGCGUAUCGGUAUCGCCAGAUCCGCCAAGAGGUCAUGAAGCUUGCCAGCCGCUUAGGAAUGAAUGCUCUGGAAGCGGCAGCGAGGCUGCAGGUGGACCCCAAGAAGUCCAUGGAUCAGGAUUUCCAGCUCGCCAUCAAGGACCCUCGCUUCUUUGAUGACGGUGACGCCUUGCUUCAACUCGAGGGAGCCGAGGUACCCGUCCACAGCACCUUUGUUUGCCAGAGAUGCCCUUUCUUCCAGGGCCUCUUCUAUGGGCGCUCUCAGGGGUUGUGGCUGGAGGGCCGUCGGGCAGCCUCCGCUGACCGGAUCAAGAUCGAGCUGGAUCAUGCGGAUCCCAAAGCGUUCAAGUACGCGCUGCAGUUUAUCUAUGGGGACUCCGGUGCCGAGCUAUUCGAUCACGCUGUCUGCGACUCCCUGGAUGAUUUCCUGGACCUGGUCAUGGAAGUCAUGUCGAUAGCCAACUACUUGAUGCUGGACAGACUUUCGCAGAUCUGCCAGCAUGUCAUGGGGAAGUUCGCAAAUGCUCGUAAUAUCGCUCACCUUUUGAACGCCAUCAGUCCCUGUUCUGUCACGGAGUUCAAGGACGUGGGACUCGAGUACAUUUGCCUGCAGCUGGAGACAAUGCUCGAAAACCACCUUCUCGACGAGUUGGAUGCGGAUCUGCUUCUCGAGUUAGACGAGGUGGUCAGAGACAACCAGGCCGCUCAGUCACCGUUCGUGAGGAGCGGCCGCGCCGAGAUGCUGCUUCACGAGAACAACCCCUCGUUGGCCGAGGAGAUUGACGAGGAACGCCAGCGCCGGAUCAGAGAAAUGGCAUUCAAGGCGCAGAGGGAGGAGGAGAAGAAACUGGCAUCCGCCUCCAAGACCAGAUAUGGGAGUCUUGACGACCCCGGCCCUUCCACACCCACCCCUGAUAGAGCCAGGAAAGUGUCCAGGGCCGAGAGCAACGAGGCCCCCAGUCCAAGUCUCCGACCGAAGGCCUCGCAGGGAGACAUGAUUUUCGACAUGGAAGAUGAUGAGGCCUCACUGGCUACUAGUCCAUUGUCCAAGAUGCGGAAGCCCGCCGAGGGGACACCCGAUCUCGACCAGAACCCGUCAAUGGGCAGCUCCUGGAAAGGCUCAGGCAAAAAGAUACGCCUAAACCUUGGCGAAUCGCCGGCCAGCCCAGCGACAUCGCUUCAGACGCCAGUCAAGGCGGCAAAAGGAUCUACUACCCCUGCGACCCCCGUGCAGAAAGGGCAGCCUUGGGGGACCACGGUUGCACCGAUCACGAAGCUCGACCUCCGCGACAUCAUCCGGUCGGAAACGGCAACCCGGUCCAGUCUCUCUGAGGGCCUAGCAGCGCAAAGGGCCAAAGAGUCGUUGCCAAAGGCACCUCCACAGAAACUAUCACAAAAGGAGAAGAAGCGGCAGCAGCAGGUGGCACAGGCAGCUCAAGCUGCACUGCUGGCGGCCAAGGCAGAGCGGCCCAAGAACGUCUGGGAGCGGCCAGCCGGCGAACUCCAGGCCUCCCCAUGGAAGACAGUCGGCAAGGACAAGACGCCGUCCAAGAGUCUACUAUCCCCCGACGUCACAGGGCCAAUACCGAUUUACCGACGCACGGCCUCCCCCGACACCCGCUUCGCAGGGCAGCGCACGCCGAGCUCAUCGAUCGUCGCCGGGGCCAAAUCACCACAGCCCCGCACCCCAGCAGCCAACCCUAGCCACGCCGAAAAGGCCACCUCGGCAACGUCAAGCAUCAUCGUCCCGCAUUCCAGAGUGUACAUCCCCCCGGCGCCCAAAACCGAGCAGCUCCUGGGUCUGAGCAUGCAAGACAUCAUGGGCCAGCAGACGCGCGACAAGGAGCAGGUGAAAGAGGCGGUCGCGAAGCGCUCGCUCCAGGAGAUUCAGCAAGAACAGGAGUUUCAGGAGUGGUGGGACGCGGAGAGCAAGCGGAUGCAGGAGGAGGAGAAGAGACGGGCGGCGGCGGCGGCAGCAGCAGCAGCAGCAGCAGCAGCAGCAGCAGCAUCCGAGGCGGAGGGCGGUGAUGGUGGUGGUGGAGGUAGUGGUAAAAGGGCUAGGAGAGGUAAGGCGGCCGGUAGGGGGCAAAGAGGCGGGAGGGGUGGAGGUGCUGGGAGCAGGGAUGACAAGGCAGGCGAGAGCCGGGGAAGGGGAGGAGGAGGAAGAAGCGGGACUGGUGCUAGUGGGGCGGGAGGUUCGAGGGGCGCUAAGGGGAAGGGGAAUGGAAAGGGGAGAGGCGGCGGUGGUGGUAGUAGUAGUGGCGGUGGGAGAGGAGGGAAGGAAGAAGGCGUAAUGGGUGUUGCUGCUGGUGGAGAUAAGUAAUAGUCCCAUCCCUUACGCUGUGCAGUAAUAUGGGCAUACGGGUUCGAGAAGUGGUAUGUAUACAUAGAAAGAGCCGACCGGACAUGGCUGCAUGGUCCCCGCUAGGGAUUGGAGUUGGAGGGCCUACCUGCUUCUACUGUCUUAUCAGCUUUUGUAUAUUCGCAGCUUCCCUUUUAUUGUACAUGGAGAUCGAGGAGUUGCUUUCACAUCAUUGGCUAUCUAGAUCCGCGAUAACUGGCAAAGCUCGAAUCCGUAGACGAGCCAGCGGAGAGUAUCGACAGAUGCAACUAGGUCUCACAUAAAGGAGAUGGCACCGGUAUUGAUGUGGCAGGCUCAGGGACCGCCACAUGGUGGCUCGACGGGAGCACCCAGUGUCGUGCUCUGCUC